CACACACACUUUCUUCACUGAGGCCAGCACAGAGCCAGAGAGGAGGGACUGUUUGCAGCUCUGAGAGCCAGCUGUUGUUCGCUCAGAACUGAGUCUAUUCUCUCCCUGACUCCUUCGUUCUCCACUGGCCUCAUCACUCCAUGGGACUCCAGACCUGGCCGCCAAGCCAACCACUCUCCUCUAUGGCCUGCCUUGGUGUGGAGACCCCUUCCAUCUGCAGGGGUAAAUUCAAAUCAGUCCUCCAGCUCUGUCUGCAGCAGAGGAGAACUCGGGAGCAGCUUGUGGAGCAAGGCAUCAUGCCGCCUCUGAAAACACCUGCUGCCUUUCAUGAGCAGAUCCGCAGCCUGGAGAGAGCCAGGACUGGGAGCUUUUUAAAGCACAAACUCUGCAGCAGACCUGAGCGCUCUGAGCUGGUCCGUAUGCACAUCCUACAAGAGACGCAGGCUGAACCCUCCCUGCAGGCCACACAGAUGAAGCUGAAGAGGGCCAGACUGGCUGAUGAUCUCAAUGAGAAGAUUGCCCAGCGGCCUGGACCCAUGGAGCUAGUGGAGAAGAACAUACUGCCUGUUGACUCUGGCGUCGAAGAAGACAUAGAUGAUGUUGGCCCCACACGUGGUGAGGCAAACUGCCCUAAGCCACCAGACAUUUACAACUUUGAUGAGGACAGCGGUGAUGCCUUAUCACCACAACAGCCUGCCAGCCAAAAAUCUCCCCGCUCCACCUCUGCCUCUCCAAGGGAGUCUGGAGGGACUGAGGCCACUUCUCCCAUACAGCACUCCCCACCACCAAACUCACAGUCCACAUCAGAUGUAGUCAGCCUUGUAUCCACCAGUGAGCAACAAAGCAACCAACAAGAAUCUACAACUAAGCCAAUCACCACCGGAAUCCCCAAUAUCACACCGAUGCCGCUUCUUGUGAAGCAAAGCCUGCCCAAGCUACCAGGCGAUAAAAGCCGCAGCAAAAAAAGCAAAGAACCCAAACCACGGGUGAAAAGGUUAAAGUACCAUCAGUACAUCCCCCCGGACCAGAAGCAGGAGCACAAUGAAGUGCUAAUGGACUCCGCUUACGCCCAUCUCCUGCAGCAGCAGCAGCAGUUCCUGCAGCUUCAGAUCUUAAACCAGCAACAGCAGCAGUACAACUACCAGGCCGUCCUGCCUGCCACACUCAAACCAACAACUGAGGUACAAACCAGCUGUUCCACUGUUCUAAGUGGAAACACUGCGUCUACCCCUGUGCAGCCCCGCCACACUCAGACGAACCGCAAGCCGGAUCAUUUACCAGCUAAUCUGGAUGAGAUGAAGGUUGCUGAACUAAAAAUGGAACUAAAACUCAGAUCCUUGCCUGUUUCUGGGACUAAGACAGAUCUGAUAGAGAGGCUAAAGUUGUACCAGGAGAACUCUAACAUCCAGACUGCUACUGCCAUUGAGACAGCAGCCAUCACAGCAGCCUCACAGUCUGAAAACAAAAAGUUAUCCCCGCCUGUGUCCCCUAUAUCCUCCAAGGUGUCCCGUCUGGGCAUAGAGGACAGUAGUAUGGCAGACAGCCCGAACAAGCUUUCAAAUGCUCUUUCUCCAACUCACACUGCUUCCUGUGUGAACUCCCCACAGAGAGCUCCACAGGAGAAGUGUCCCACAGAGACAAGGUCCUAUGAGAAGGACUCUGAGAAGGACAAACGUCUACAUGAGAAGGAGCGUCAGAUUGAGGAGUUGAAGAGGAAGCUGAAGCAGGAGCAGAGGCUGGUGGAGGAGCUGAAGCUGCAGCUGGAGGUAGAGAAGAGGAGUCAGCAAGCAGAUUCCCCGCCACAGCUCAGCCCUCUUGCUCCCAUCCAGGUCAAAGAGGAAAACAGGACCUUAUCAAACUGCUCAGCGUCUUGUGGUUCUCCUGGUGUGCCAGUGUUGGUCAAACAAGAGGAUGUGGCAGAUCAGAGCCACUUAGCUCCUCAAAAUCAGUUCAUCAUCAGCCACCAGACUAUUAAGCAGCCUGAAACCUUGCAGCCAAUCCCGGCUGGAGCUCAGAUCCUACUGCCUGCAUCCCAUCCUGUCUCAGCAGUCGCUAUCCAGCUCCCUGCCAACAGCAUUAAAUUACACACUACUGUUAGCAGCGCAGCCCCAGGCCUCAUCCAGACCCCUGGACAGGUGCCACAGAAAAUAGAGGCCUCAGCAGCAUUACAACAGCAAUGCAGCACUCAGACUCAGUCACUGACAAAGACUUGGAGGAUGGGUAGUGCAGCACAAAGCUUACUCCACACAUGCCCUGUGAGUGGAUGUCCUGUGAGAGCCUCCUCUAGCCAAAGUGUUCCUAAAGAUCCGUCAAUUAAGUCUCCCUGUACCAGCCAGCCAACUUUGAACUUGCCAAAAUUCACAAAUCAUGUGUCCAAGUGUAAAGACCCGCCCCGCUACGAGGAAGCAGUUAAACAGACACGCAGCAUGCUAACAGCUGUUCAGGGCCCCACUGCAGCUAGUCAGCAGAUGGAUGACUUGUUUGAUGUGUUAAUCGAGAGUGGUGAGAUCUUACCCUUCAUCAGACAGGAUCCUCCCAGCCUGGACAAGCCUCUUCCUGUGACAGCCAGUGUCACCACCCUUCCCAUCAACACAGUUUUAUCCCGCCCUCCACCCGUGGUUCAAGUGGCCCAGCUGCCUGCAGCACAGCUUAGCCCCUCAGCCAGCUUGGCAACCCUAACCACUGACACCCAGCUGGAAACCCUCCUGGAUGGCAGGCUGGGUGCUCACAGCGAGCCACAAACACUGAAGCUGAUGGAGGAGCUACACUCACCUGUGGUUACCAUGGAGGUGGACUUUAAUGAAAACACGUUGCCCUCUGCUUUGAGCUUGAACAGCACCAACAUGGACAAUAUGGAUUGGCUGGACCUUACCCUGUCUGUGCCAGCAGAGGGGGUCAACCCUUUGGACAUGUCGGCACCAGUGGGUGUCUUCUCCUCUGACUUCUUGGACUCACAUGAACUGCACUUGAACUGGGACUGACUGCCAAGGAGAAUUUGUACACCUGUCACACAGUUUCAGAUAAACUUACUUUUUUAUGCAAGGGAGGAUGGCUUUUGUGGGAAAAUAAGGGCUUUUGGAGGUUGGAGCAGCUCUGUUUUACUUUCUGGCCAUAUAAAUCAGCUCAGUAAUAAUCUAAUUGUGCUGCGGCAGUUUAGAAGUACAUGCAUUGCUUUUCCUUUGAGGUCUUUAAACCCUCUGAUUGUACAGGGAGACUUACAUAAAGCAGGACUGGUACUGGCAGAUUGGGCUGACAGUGGAAGUAGCUUUUUAAAUUUCAAUCCAAUUAUGCCACAGAUUUGUCAUCAAUCUGUUCUCAUGUUAUUGCUUCCUCUUUGUCCUCUGAUCAUAAUGAAUGUACAGUGUUAUAUUGGCCGUGGUAAUAACCCAAAAAGCAGGAAAAUGUCCCAAUACUGGUUUCAGAACUAAUGGACAAACAGGGCAUGUAGCUGGUGGCUGUUAUGUAGUUCACUCCACCCUGUCUUGGAAUGAUUAUCACUAUCAAAACAGAUUGUAAACACACAACUGUUAAAUGUGCCCUGUGUAAAUGUAAACUGUGAAGCAUAAAUCAGACAUUUAACUGAAUUGAGAGUGUGUAUAUGAUAAUAUGAUAAGAGAACACUGAGUUACCAUAGUGUAAAACCAGCCUGACUUUAAACUGUAUUUACUACAAAAUAUUCAAUAUUGUUCUCAACCAGUUCUGACAAGAUUUCUAGCACUUUGCAGAUCAGCCAAAUAUUUAAUCCUGCAUCUCCAGUGUGCAUCUGUACACUGUGUAAAACAUACUGCACAUGCUUUUGUAAGAAUCACAAGCGUAAUCUGCUGUGCUCCCUCAAGACUGUUUUUAAAUGAUAAAUUGUUCUUGGAACAUCAUUCAGUGACUCUUAGAGGGUUAGAUAUUAUUGAAUUAUACUUAGCUUGGUUUUUGUAACAGACAUACGUACACAUCCUACAACGAAUAACAAUAUCCAUAAGUAUGAACCACUGCUCAUUUCAUACUGAAAUAACAUUAUGCAUUACAGUUUAUUUGUAUUGUAGUGACAUCUGCUGGCCACAUCCAAAUCUAAUCAGGUUGAGCAAUCAAAGUCUGUGGUCUGAUAUCUGUUUUUAUUUCUUUAGCAAAAUAUGAUAUAAAGAAGAAAAAACUUCAGUGUCAAAGAAAUCACUAUACACAACAUGAUGCACCAGAGCAGGAUAGUUUAUUGACAGUGGGGUGGGUGUGUUUGAGCAUAAAGGUCUGUUUUAUUUUGUUGAAUUAUUAGGGAUUCACUGUCUGCCUCUGCAGGUUAUGUGGAGCAUUGCUGACAAACUCAUCUGAAUGUUGAGGAAAUUGUUGUAAAAAAGGACUUAAAAAGAAGACUUUUUAUUGUUUUCCUGUCAGGAAAUUAUUGCCUCAUUUGACACUCCAAAUUUCACCUUUUAAAAGGAAUUAUGUGCUGGAAUAAGACCUAUUUUGUCUUUACUAUAGGCUACCAGUAUAACUCAACGCCAAGAGACAUUGCAUGCAUUGGUUGUAGACCAUCUCUUUUGAAACUUUGUCUAAACUGGAGUUUAGCCAACCAAAUACCUGCCUCCUCAACCCCUGACCAGCUAAACUUUUUAAAGAUCUCUGGCCAUUUCUGGGACCU